AUGAUGUCGACCGCGCAGAUUAGGUCCACAUGGAGACGAAAAUUGUUUGGUGUUCUCUUUAUAUUUGGCUUUCCUGGCGAGCUGGUCUGGUUCCAAAACAGAAGAACAAAAUGGCGGAAAAAGCAUGCAGCUGAAAUGGCGACCGCCAAACGUAAGCAGGAGGAACUCGGUGAGGAGUGCGACGAUCAGGAACCUCACGACAACGACUGCAGUGAUGAAGAGGAAGCGAAGAGGCCCAGGCUCGACAUCCAUCAGCACCUUCAUCACCAACUGCCGCACAGGCAGUGA